AUGAUCUUACCGUGGAGACAACAUGCCUUUCUGUUUCUCAUAUCUAUAACACUUGCGUUAGCCCAGGAAUCAUCCUUCAAAUGUGACUUUGAAUUCGACAAAGUCAAAUAUGAUAUGCACCUUAUGGAUGGAGAGUGGGUGGUCAAGCAGGAUCGGGCGACCCCUCCAACGACCAUGCAAGACGAACUGAGGUUCAAUGUUUGUGGGGAUUUGAAGAAACAAGCCGAAGUUAAGGAUAGAGAUCAGUGUGCACAGGGCACGCGGGCAUGCUUCAGGACGAUCAACAGAAAGGAAGAAGAGAAUGAUCGCGUCGUUUCCGUCAUUCCAGUUGCACAAUCCUCGACCAAAUUCACUAUUGAUCGACUCCCUUCAGACCGCGGAAAGGGUAUCAUUAUCACAAUGAACGCAGGAUCUUAUCCUAGUGAAGGAGGCAAACCACAAUCUUUGAAGCUCGCGUUAAUCUGCGUCGACAAAACCGAAGAGCCCAGGCUUAUUGGUUACGACGGAAGUCAGGUGUCGGCUGAAUGGAAGGCAGUCGAAGCUUGCGGGUCCUCCAAAUCGAGCGAUGUUGAUGCCGGAGGGUCCAGCAUGGGAUGGUUCUUCUUCAUGUAA